AAUAAAACAUUAUUAAUCUUUCUAUAAUUUCGAGAAUUAGUUUCCAUAAAUUGUUAUUUGUAAUAUUCUUUUAAUUAUAUGGCAAGUGGUGUUAAAUGAUUUUAGACUUACCUUAAAUUUUUAGAUCUAAAUUAAAUAAAUAAAAAUUAAGAACAAUCGACCAAUCAAAUUAUAACAAUUAAAUUGAAACUUCACCUAUGAGCGACACGUCACCAGAAAACACUAAAGUGACUUCUCUUUUAAUAUAUAGGGGAUAUACAAAAAUAUAAUAAAACCUAAAUUUCAAAUUCCUACAAAAAUCAUACCGCUAAUGUGAUACUAAACCAUCAGACAAGCAUUCAGUUGAUUCAUCAUCCAAAAACUAAAAUACAACAAUAGAAUCCAACCAACUAUAUUGCUUACAACAAAUUUCAAACACAUUCUCAUUAAUUUUCUAAUGAGGGAAUAUUUAUUACAAUGAUAGUCAAUUCACUUUCUAUCUUUUUUAUCAAAUUUUCUAUUCUCUCAUCCUCUUCUUCCUCAAGUCUAUCAUCCCACAUUACCGGAAAGAAGGUUCGAAUUUCUCAGGACAAGGUUGGCUCAGUACUUUGGUAGGGUUUGAUGGAUUGAUGGGGGCAAGGAAUGUUCGGGCUAGUCUCUCGCCUCUUCAUGCGGAGAUGGAGGCAUUAUUAUGGGCAAUGGAAUGUAUGAGGAAUUUACGUCAAUUUCAGAUUACGUUUGCAAUGGAUUGUUCUCAAUUGGUGAAGAUGGUUUCGGAACCAGAGGAGUGGCCAGCUUUUGCAAGUUAUUUGGAAUACAUCAAGACCCUGAAAGAGUUUUUCAUCCGAUCAGAGCUUAUCUAUGUACCACGGACGCAAAACUCAAAGGCGGAUAGUCUAGCACGCAGUGCUAGGAAGCAACCGUCUUUUGUCGUUCACAUGGAUGCAGAUCACCCGGUUUGGUUUACAGAGUCAAUAUGAGUCUGUAUAGUUGACGACAAAAAAAAAAAAAAAUCAUCCCACAUUACCUACUUACCAAAAAAUACAUAUUCUUCACUUCCUCGAUAAAAAAAGCUCCUCCCUUUACUUUGUACACAUCAACCCCAAAAAAAACAAAAAUCAAAGACCCAAUCUCUAGAUGACAAUCCUUCUCCAAACUUCUUAUUAUUUUUAGACCAACAAGUACACUUUACUUUUUGAACACUUCUGUUAUAAUGGCAGAACAUCUAGAACAGAGUCUUUUGUGUACAGAGACCACCAACGUUGGCGAUGAAGACAACGGCAUGAUUGUUGACAAAGUUCUGAUUUCUCAGAUGGGUUUUCCAUUAGAGAGCCAAGAGAUUAUCAGAGAGAUGAUGGAGAAGGAGAAGCAGCAUUUGCCAAGUGAUGAUUACAUCAAGAGACUCAGAAGUGGAGAUUUGGAUUUGAAUGCCAGAAGAACAGAAGCUCUGAACUGGAUUUGGAAGGCUUGUGAAGAGCACCAGUUUGGACCAUUGUGUGUUUGCUUAUCAGUGAACUACUUGGACCGGUUCUUGUCGGUCCAUGAUCACCCUAAUAUUGACAAAGCUUGGACAAUGCAGUUGCUGGCUGUGGCUUGUUUAUCCUUGGCAGCCAAAAUUGAAGAAACUGAAGUCCCAUUGUUAAUAGAUCUUCAGGUUGGAGAUCCUCAGUUUAUGUUUGAGCCUAAAUCAAUCCAAAGAAUGGAGCUUUUGGUGUUGAACAGAUUGGAAUGGAGAUUGAGAGCGAUAACUCCAUGCUCAUACAUAAGAUAUUUCCUGAGAAAGAUGAGUAAAUGUGAUCAAGAGCCAUCCAACACAUUGAUAUCCAGAUCACUACAAGUGAUAGCCAGCAAAACCAAAGGUAUUGGCUUUUUGGAUUUUAGACCUUCUGAAGUUGCUGCUGCAGUGGCACUUUCUGUUUCUGGAGAAAUGCACACAGUUCACUUUGACAACUCUCCUCUUUUCUCACUACUUCAAAAGGAGAGAGUGAAGAAAAUUGGGGAUAUGAUAGGGAGUGAUGGCUCAGGCUUAUGUUCACAAACACCAAAUGGGGUUUUAGAAGUAUCAGCUUCUUGUUUCAGCUUUAAGACUCAUGAUUCUUCUUCUUCCUCCCAUACAACACAUCUUUCCUAAAUUUCUCUGUUCUUAUAAUCGAAUUUGUUAUUAUUAUUAUUAUUAUUAUUAUUAUUAUUAUUAUUAUUAUUAUGUGUGAUAAGAGGUUGAAAAAGAAAAAUAAUCAUAGCAUAAUUUCAAAUAAAAGAACAGUAUUUAUAUUCCAAUAUUUUAAUUUAUGAUAUGAAGACUUUCUGUUGGUAAGUAAGAUAGAAAAACAGGAAAUAUAUUUUUUUUCCUGUUCCCGCCAAAUAAAAUAACGGGAAAAACGUUUCGCUUUCCGUUGAUCGCUCGGACUCUCGUAGUAUACUUUCUGUUCAAGACGGUGUCGUUUAAGUGAUUAAGGCAAGGCGCGCAUAGCACGUAUGGGCUGAGUAUUGGGCUUUUAAGUCUUUGACUUAACGUAAGAAACCACAUCUAUUGCUAAUGGGCCAAUAUUACAUUUGUUUAGCUUUGCCACAAAAAAUAUAUUUGCUGUUUAAGGGGUCGUUUUCGGUAUCCGCAUGAAACGUAUAUGUACGUACUAAUGUACUAUACACAUUCGGAAUUCGUAAUCGGGGAGUAUACAUAGUUACAUACACUCAAGAUGUGUGUGUGUCAGUGGGUGUGCAUGUGCGAAAUUCGAAAUGAAAAAUUAUUUGGACAUUGGACUUACUUAAGUAAAGACAACAAUACAAAACAAAUAAACUUUUAUAAAUCUUCUUUCCCUGGGCUUCAUCAUCAUGAGUCGUCGUAGUCAUUCAACUGUCUAAAACAUGUUUUAUUUAUUAUUUUUUCCUUCAAAAAGUUUCCAAAGGCUAUAGUUUUUUAAAAAAAUUGUGAAAAUUCCAAAUCUUCAACUACGAUUUCAUCGAAUACUACACAUAAUAAAAUUUCCGAAAUUCUAAUUAAAAAUAAACUUCAAAUACUAAAGAAAUUUGAAUGCAGGGAUCAGAACUUAAGAGAAUCCUUCAUUCAGUACCAUUGCAUGCUUAAAACACUUUUCGUUUUGCAUCAAAUUGUAUUUUUAAGUACAUAGAUCGAACAAUCAUUUGAAUUAUGGUUACUAAGUGACUAAUUAACUACAUUGUGAAAAAGUUACUGAGUAAUAUACUUAAUUUGAGUAAAAUGGAAAAGUGAUUCCUUGCACGUGAAUCACCAUCAGUGUCCCUAAUUAGGGAAAUACAUUUGAAGCUAAUAUCAUGGAAUAGUAUGUAAUUCAAAGGGGGGAAAACGCUAGCUGGUACUUUUCAAUACGCAAUCAAAUCGAGUUUGCUUUUUUUUCUUCACUUUGCAAUAUAAUAAUAUUAUUUGUUUUCAAACCUAGCUUGAAAGGGUGGUAAUAAUACCCUGCUUGUGGGUCUCAUUUAGAUUCCCUAAAUGAACCAGAACGACAGUAACUAUUCCACAGUGAAGACACUGAGAAUGAUGAUGAUCAUCAUCAUCAUGAAUUGAUGAUAUACACGCAUGUAUAUAUGUUUGGUACACGAUAUUCACAUUUUGAUGAGUCGUUGCCCUAUGGGUUUAUGCGUAUUGACUGAAAGAUUCCGUGAAGAGGACCACAGUCAUGUUACUGUCAUCUGAUCAAAACAUUUUACACCAAUAAUUCAAUUUGAGAUCACAACAGAAAAGUGUUUCACUACUUCCUAUGAACAUUUAUUGCAUAUCUCCAGACUCCCACGUCUGGUACGAACAGUUCUCAUUACUUCAGCAGCGAUUUAACAUUUUUACUUCUAAAUAAAUAAAUAAACUGAAAGCGCAUAAGUAUGUUUAUAUAUGUCACCUAUCAUUAAAUUUUCUUAUACUAGUUGAUUGUGGUUAUGGGAUCAAUGGAUAAUUGGAGAUUACCAAAAUCAAGCUUUGUGGUGAAUUAGCUAGGAUCUUUUGGUAAUAUCUAUAAUAAAUAAUUGUAUUCGAAUUCUGUAUCAAUUUAAAAACAUGGGCUAAAAAACAAAGACUUGGUCUUUUUAACUAAUUAACCACACUCUUCGGAUAUUCUUAGAUGUUUUUUUCAUGUUUCCCUUCAAAAAGUAAAUAGAGAGAACGACGACAAAAGAUAGGAGAAACAGUUUAGUUAGGUUUUGAAGUAAUUAGCUAACUAUCACGCUAAAAUUUGUAGAUUAACAAACGUUAAUUACUCUUUAUUCUCAAACAUGAACUGAUCAAAGGCGACAAAGUACAGCUGCACGCGUUUGAACUUUAUGAAAAUAAAAUGUUAGACCCAACAAGAAAAGAGAAAAUUGUUUAGAGGACCACAAAGUCAUCUUCACUCUUGGAGUGUGCAGCUUUAGCUUUGACAAGAGGGCGUAGAGAUUGCCUUAUCAAGCAAAAGCAUCUCUCUCUCUCAGGAUAUCUUUUGUGUAUAUUUGUCUAUUUCUCUCUCUAUUUUCAUUGGAGAUAGAGAGAGAAGAUGAAGAUCGUUGAGACAAGAAAAACUGAAUAUGGAAGUGGCCGUGAGAUGGGGACUCGAAUCUUAUCUCCCUCUUCUUUCCUUUUUCAAUCAUUUUGGUUCCCUCUUUCCUCUGCAUAGAAUUACAGCAUAACUAGAAACCCUAAUUCAUUCAUUUGAAUUUAGUUUCUUUUCCAUUUGGUAUCUGGAGUUUUUCACAGCCCGUUAAUUUGAAUAAAACUACGAGGCUCAAUCACUUGUACAUUUACUAUAACUUCUUACAUUUGACGUUGUUACUACUAAAUGAUUUGUUUAAGAGGAUAUUAAACAUACGUAUCAAAUGGAAAAAGGUCAUUUAUCUAUGAAAAUAAAUGUAAAAUGAGCCAAAUUAACUUUUGAGUAGUAUAUAUGUAGAAAUUAAACAUACAAAAAGUGAAAUAAAGAAUGAUUACUGUUCUUUAACUAGAAAACAAACAAAAUUGAUUCCAGGUGAGAGUGUAGGGAUUUGGUAGAACAUCGUCAUUGAUAUAAUGUAGUUAUGUAUCUGUGCCCAUAUGUUUUUAUCUCUUCUCAGUUCUGCUUCCAAAGAGCCCACAUGUCACCUUCCCCAGAUAUACAUUUUCUAAUUUGUGUGUAAAUAAUGAUCAAGAAAAUAUAUUAACUCUUACAAAUGU